CGCACCCCCGCUUCUUCAUUCAACCCCGCCGCCGACCGGACCCGACACGACACGUCACGAUGGGCAGCUCCGCCUUCGGCGCCCCCUUCGCCGCCGUCCUCCUCCUGCCGCUGCUGCUGCUUGCCCACGCCCGACCGAACACGAUUCGGCUGCCGUCCGAUCGCGCCGCAGGCCUGCAUCUCGGCGGCGACGAUGACGCGGUGGGUACCAGGUGGGCCGUCCUCAUCGCCGGGUCCAACGGAUUCUUCAACUACCGGCAUCAGGCAGAUAUUUGUCAUGCAUAUCAAAUCAUGAAGAAUGGUGGACUGAAAGAUGAGAAUAUUAUUGUUUUCAUGUAUGAUGACAUUGCAUACAGUGAGGAUAAUCCUAGACUGGGGACCAUUAUCAAUCACCCAGAGGGUGGGGAUGUUUAUGCUGGAGUUCCAAAGGAUUAUGUUGGAGAUGAUGUCAAUGUGAACAACUUCUUUGCUGUUCUUCUUGGAAAUAAAACCGCUCUAACUGGAGGAAGUGGAAAGGUUGUUGAUAGCGGUCCAAAUGAUCAUAUCUUCAUAUUCUACUCUGAUCAUGGUGGACCUGGGGUUCUUGGGAUGCCCACCAAUCCUUACCUUUAUGCUGAUGAUUUGAUUUCUGUGUUAAAGAAAAAGCACGCAUCUGGAUCUUACAAGAGCAUGGUAUUUUAUCUUGAAGCUUGUGAAUCUGGGAGCAUAUUUGAGGGUCUUCUCCCUGAAGACAUAAAUAUCUAUGCAACCACAGCAUCGAAUGCCUACGAGAGUAGUUGGGGAACUUAUUGCCCUGGAGAAGACCCUAGCCCUCCCCAAGAGUACUAUACCUGCUUGGGAGACUUGUACAGCAUUGCUUGGAUGGAGGACAGUGAUAUACACAAUCUGCGGACUGAAACAUUGAAGCAGCAGUAUCAUCUUGUCAAGACCAGGACUGCAGUUUCUGAAACAUAUAGGUUUGGUUCACAUGUCAUGCAAUAUGGGGAUCUAGAACUCAACAUGAAAGACCUUUUCUUAUACUUGGGUUCAAAUCCUUUAAAUGAAAAUGCCACAUUCGUUGAUGAUAACUCAUUAUUGUCAUUUUCUAAGGCUGUUGUGAACCAACGGGAUGCAGAUCUAGUUUAUUUCUGGCAUAAGUAUCGGAGGGCGCCCGAAGGCUCUUCUCAUAAACUCAAUGCUCAGAAGGAUUUGCUCGAAGUAAUGUCCCAUCGGUUGCAUAUAGAUAAUAGCAUAGAACUCAUUGGGAAGCUGCUGUUUGGUUCUGGGAAAGCGUCAGAAUUGCUGAAAUCUGUUCGAACUGCAGGCCAACCUUUAGUGGAUGACUGGUCCUGCCUCAAGUCAAUGGUAAGGACUUUCGAAAGCCACUGUGGAUCUCUAUCGCAAUAUGGGAUGAAACAUAUGCGGUCUUUGGCGAACAUCUGCAAUGCGGGUGUUAGCAAGGAGACGAUGGCCGAGGUGGCUUCUCAAGCGUGCGCCGCUGUCCCCUCCAACCGCUGGAGCUCUCUCCACAGGGGAUUCAGUGCCUGAUGUGGACAUGAAAAACCAUUAUUAUGUUAGCAAAUUGUUCCUACUCUCUAAGGAAGUUGCUUAGCAAUCUUCUCCUGCGAUGCAAAUAUACUGCUGAAGGCUGGAGAAAUUUGAAUAUGACAAGUUCAUUUAAUUCCAUGUAAUUGUGUACAACGUUCAUGCUCGAUUAUUGAGGCCUAAGUAUGUAAAUGGCCCUUUCUCAAUAGUCGGUCCUGCGAUUAAACUUCAUGAUAUACUAAAAUUAUGGCUUGUAAUAGUGAUAUAUAUAGGUGUUAAUCAGAUGUUAUUUUAUUGUAA